CUCUCUCUCUCUCUCUCACAGUAGCAGCAGCAGCUGCUAAUAUAGCUGCUAAUAUCUCUUUCCUCCAUUAAAGUCACAUCCUCAAACUCCCCCAAGGUCCCCAAACUCCAAUCGAAAGCAACCCUUGAAUACACACACACAUCUCAGCCCAACACAAAAAUGCACGCCAAGACCGACUCCGAGGUCACAAGCCUCGCCCCUUCUUCCCCAACCCGAUCCCCCCGCCGCCCAGUCUACUACGUCCAGAGCCCCUCCCGCGACUCCCACGACGGCGAGAAGACCACCACCUCCUUCCAGUCCACCCCCGUCCUCAGCCCCGCCGGCUCUCCUCCCCACUCCCACUCCUCCGUCGGCCGCCACUCCCGCGACUCCUCCUCCACCCGCUUCUCCGGCUCCAUCAAGCCCGGAUCCAAGAAGAUCCAGCCCAACAACGACUCCUCCCGCCACCACCGCAAGGACGGCCACAAGGCCUGGAAGGACUGCGCCGUCAUCGAAGAAGAAGGCCUCCUCGACGACGACGACCGCGAACGUGGCUUCCCCCGCCGAUGCUAUUUCCCCGCCUUCGUUCUCGGAUUCUUCCUCCUCUUCUCCAUGUUCUCUCUCAUUCUCUACGGCGCCAGUAAGCCCAUGAAGCCCAAGAUCACCAUGAAGAGUGUCAAGUUUGAACAGUUCAAGAUCCAAGCGGGUUCAGACUCCACCGGAGUAAGCACCGACAUGAUCUCCGUCAACUCCACCGUCAAAUUCACAUUCCGCAACACCGGCACGUUUUUCGGAGUCCACGUCUCGCCCGAGCCUCUAGAUCUAUCCUACUCUCAGAUCGCCAUCGCCUCCGGAAUCGUGAAGAAGUUCUAUCAAUCAAGGAGGAGCCAGAGAACAGUGACGGUGUCAGUAAUCGGCGACAAAAUUCCGUUAUACGGGAGUGGAGCUAGUAUAAGUAGCUCAACGGGGACGACAUUGCUGCCGGUGCCGCUGAAAUUGGAUUUCUUGAUCAAAUCUAGAGCCUACGUUUUGGGUAAACUAGUGAAGCCCAAGUUCAACCGGCGCGUGGGAUGCACUGUAACUUUCGAUCCUAAGAAGCUCAACGUCGCAAUCGCGCUCAAGAAUUGCACUUACAGUUAAUUAAUUCACAAAAAGAAUGAGGAAGAAGAAGAGAGGUUUCUAUUUUAAUCGUGGUUGGUUUCCUUUUCGGUGAUGGACAACUCAGCGGGCAGCUUUCGGAGUUGGACGGGCAGGAUGUGCAGAGAGUGAGGUAAAAAACGCGGUUUUGGACUUUUUGGGCUGCCCGAAGAGUGUAGAGUCGGUGACUUGUGGGUAUUGUGUUACAUUAUUCACCUUGUCUUUUGUUUAUUUAUUCUUUUUUUUCUUUUUCCCCGUUGUAUUAUUAAGAAAUUAUUUAUUUUCAGGCAAUAAUGCAACUGUGUUUACUUUU